AUGUCUAAUGACGAGCUGCGACGACUGUCCAAGCAAGAACGGCAAUUGCGAAAUGUGAUGGACGUGAUGAAGGACUUCGUUCGAAACUACCAAGAGCACCUCGAUAAGGGAUCUUUGGCAGCACGAAUUCAGAAACUGGAUGAAAUCUACGACUUAUUCUGUGAAGUUCGAAUGCGCAUCGACCUGAUAUUGGAGGAUACAGACUUUGACGAAGAUUUCGUGGAUCCUGAUGAAUCUGAAGAAGAUCAUGCGGUUAGGACGGCGAGAACGAAGGCAAAGAAGGUGAAAGAGAAUGAAAAGGUUCUGAAAGACUUCAUCAACGAGUACUUCGCAAUAAAGCAAUCGAUGCAAGGUCUGAUGAUUCCCUCCGGAUCGAGUUCCAGUGUGGUGCCUGUCGAAUCAACCAACCAGGAGGGCUCUGCUCUAUCAAUGAUGCGUGUAAAACUCCCAGAGCUGAAGCUUCCUACAUUCGGUGGACACUUGAGAGAUUGGAUCACCUUCAGGGACACCUUUAAGAAUCUGAUUUCAGACAACGCACAGCUCACUGAGAUUGACAAGUUCACCUACCUUCGCACGUCGUUGUCAGGGGAAGCUCUGCAAGAAAUUGGAUCGAUAGAACUGUCAGCGGCGAACUAUUCGAUAGCUUGGAAGUCGUUGGAGUCCCGGUAUGAAAACAAAAAACUUCUUAUGCUGCACAAGUUGGGUGAAAAUACCUUCGAAUGGAGUACAAUAUUGGCACAUAUACUAGCGAGUAAGCUGGACACAACAACACUACGCUUCUGGGAAACAGAACACCGAUCACGAGAAGUGCCCAGAUAUACCGCCAUGUUGGAGUUUCUUAAAAACCACUGUAUUGUUCUACAAUCCGUUACUCCCGAACGAUCCAGUUCCCAGCAACAUGAUUCCAAGAAGACAUCACGGACGUUCAAUAGCUGUGCGGGGUCAACUCAAACAGCGUGUCCAUUCUGCGGCGAGUCUCAACAUCAAGGUUUCCAAUGUAAGAAGUUCAAAUCCAUGAAGAUAGAGGAGAGAAGAAACGCGGUGAAAACUGGUCGACUGUGCUUUAACUGCCUAUCUCGAGGUCACAUUUCCAAAUCAUGCUCUCGCAGUUCCUGUCGAUUGUGUGGACAACGACACCACACGAUGCUGCAUCAAGGUUCAAGCCAGACUGGAAGCAAUUCAUCAGCUGCACAAUCGAAUAAGCUACCGCAAUCGCAGCCGAACUCGCAAAACCCACAUUCGACCCAGACACCCUCAACCUCAUACACACAGAAACCAACACAAACUCUUCAACAACCAUCCAAUCAACCCAACACAAAUUCCUUCUCAGUUGCUACUUCAAGUAGACAAGUUCAAACGCCACCCAAUACAGACACAACCACAAGCCACAAUGCAGUCCUCUCCGCUAGUGAAACCAAGGCAGCACGAACGGUCUUGCUUGCAACCGCACUCGUGAUACUUGAAGACCAUUAUGGAAAUUCUACCCUAGCUAGAGCUUUGCUUGAUAGCGGCUCUCAGUUAUGUUUCAUAUCAGAAAAUCUGUCGCAGCAGCUUAGGUUCAAACGGUCUCGAGAAAUUCUUUCGAUAAGUGGAAUUGGACAAGCCACGAAGAAAUGUAAACAGUCUGUCGUUGCUCGUAUUCGAUCCCGAGUAUCUGGUUUCGUGGAGGAGGAGACUUUCUACGUGCUACCACAAGUCACUCAGGACCUUCCAACCACGAAGAUCAAUACUAGCAGUUUGGCACUUCCCCAAGGAGUGAUUUUAGCCGAUCCGAAUUACUUUGAGCCAGGAUCAAUCGAUAUAAUAAUUGGGGCUGGAUUAUUCUUUGACGUGCUGACAGCGGAUAAAUUUAAGCUCGGAGAAGACGGUCCUGCUAUGCAAAAUACAGAGUUCGGAUGGAUAAUCUGUGGUAGAAUUCCAAAUGUAUCGAACCAUUUCAGGCCAGUGGUUGCAAGUGCAUUUAGCGAACGAGUUGAUGACUUGGUAACCAAAUUCUGGGAGCUAGAAACCUGCCGUUCUAAUAGUAUCCAUUCCGUUGAGGAAUCCGCCUGUGAAGUCUACUUCGACCGCACAACUGUGCGUGAUUCUAGCGGGCGGUUCGCCGUUUCGUUGCCCAAGAAAGAUUACCUUAUUGCUCGGCUUGGUGAUUCAAAAAACACAGCGCUCAAGCGCUUCCUUGCCUUGGAAAGGCGCCUAGUAGGUGAUGCUGAUACCAAAUUGAUGUAUACCCAGUUCAUCGAGGAGUAUCAUCGCCUCGGCCACAUGAGGGAAGUACUAGACGACGAGGAGUCUACAACGCAGCAGUACUAUAUUCCACAUCAUUGUGUACUCAAACCUGACAGUACGACCACCAAGUUGCGCGUGGUGUUCGAUGCUUCGUGCUCGACUAGUAGCGGAAUUUCCUUAAACGAUGCGCUAAUGGUAGGACCGACUGUACAGGAUGAUCUCGUUUCAAUAGUUAUGCGGUUCCGGCUUCACCGAUAUGCAGUAGUCGCAGACAUUGAGAAAAUGUAUCGAAUGGUACAAGUCCAACCCAACGACCGUCAGUUACAACGCAUCUUCUGGAGAAACACUCCGAAUGAGUUCAUUCGUGUUUUUGAGCUACAAACCGUUACUUAUGGGACAGCAUCUGCUCCCUACCUCGCAACGAAGUGCUUGCGACGAUUGGCGGAACUUGAUGGAGAUAGGUUCCCGGAGGCGGCAAAGGUGUUGGCAGAAGAUUUUUAUGUCGACGACAUGAUGUCUGGCGUUGACAGCAUCGAUGAAGGUGUUCAACUGUGUGCUGAUAUUCAAACGCUUCUCAGCGGAGGUGGAUUCACGCUUCGAAAGUGGAGCUCAAACUGUGCUGCCAUUCUGCAGCAAAUACCCGACGACUGUAAAGAUGAUCGUACAUCAUUCGAGUUAGACGACUCCAGUGCUACAAUAAAGACACUAGGACUUGUAUGGGAGCCUAGGGUAGACAGCUUCAAAUUCAAGGUUCCUACCUGGAAUCACUCUGAAAUUUGUAAACGAACUGUUCUAUCAGAUUUGGCCCGAAUAUUCGACCCGCUUGGACUAGUCAGCCCAGUAGUCACCACAGCAAAAAUAUUCGUCCAAUCCCUCUGGAGACAGAAGGCAUCUUGGGACGAUGCUCUUGCUGAAGACUUGCAAAAGCAAUGGAGCAACUUUCGGAGAAGUCUGGAUAGCUUAGUGAAUCUGCAAGUUCCACGUUGGGUUGCUUUCAGCAAGGAUUGUCUGUCAAUGCAAUUGCACGGGUUUUGCGAUGCCUCUACCAAGGCCUACGGAGCAUGCAUUUACCUGCGCUGCAAGCAUUUUGACGAAAGUGUCACGUCCCACUUGCUAGUGGCAAAAUCAAGGGUUGCACCGCUUGAAGACUUAAAGAAACGAAAAAGGAAACAGUCGAUUCCGCGAUUAGAACUGUCGUCCGCACUAUUACUCGCUCAUCUUUAUGAAAAGGUGGUUACCAGUCUGAAAAUAACUGCUCGACCAUACUUCUGGACCGACUCUAUGAUAGUCCGAUAUUGGUUGUCAUCGAGUCCAUCACGGUGGCAGCAAUUCAUUGCGAACAGAGUAUCGGAAAUACAACAUGCUACUAGAGGUGGCGUUUGGAGUCAUGUACCAGGCACAGAAAACCCAGCAGAUGUACUAUCUCGUGGCAUUACUGCAGAUCAGCUGAGCGAAGAUCCCCUAUGGUGGAAUGGAGCACCGUGGAUGCGAGGAAACGAAGACAGUUGGCCAGAAAAUGUUCACCUAAUCGUGGCAGGUGUCGACCCAACUGUGCUGGAAGAAAAUUCGGCUGUGUCCGUGGUAGUCAAUAUGUCUCCGCCGAACGAAAUCUUCAGCCUCAGAUCAUCGCUGACAAGUCUAAGGACUCACAACAAUCGAAGGUCUGGGAUUCUAACCUAUGCAGAACGAGAAUCAGCUCUACUUCAUCUUGUGAGACUCGCUCAACGGGAGUGCUUCGAACAGGAACUACUGGAUUUGCAACGAAAGGGCCAAGUCAAAUCGACGUCUCGCAUUAACACUCUUCAUCCGAUAAUGCUGGAUGGUAUAGUUCGCGUCGGUGGUAGACUGGUGAAUGCUCUAGUUUCAACCGAGAGAAAGCAUCCGAUAGUGUUGGAUAAAAAUCAUCCGUUCACGUCACUAGUCAUGCUUCAUUAUCACUACAAAUUGUUGCAUGCCGGUCAGCAACUGCUCAUUGGCAGUGUUCGUGAACGAUUUUGGCCGCUUAGCAUACGUAGUCUUGCCCGGCAGACAAUACACCGUUGUGUAACCUGCUUUCGCAACAAACCGACGGUUCACGAACAACUGAUGGCAGACCUGCCUUCUGAACGUGUGACCCCAGCACCGCCUUUUCUCCGUGUGGGGGUAGACUACUGUGGUCCGUUCUUCAUCAAAUACCCUAAUCGCCAACGAGCUCCUGUGAAAUAUUACGCUGCCAUAUUUGUGUGUUUGGUGACCAAGGCGGUCCAUAUCGAAAUGGUCGCAGAUCUGACGACGCCAGGAUUUUUAGCCGCUCUGAAACGAUUUGUUGGCAGACGUGGCAAACCAACGAUCAUCAUGUGUGAUAACGGCAGUAACUUCGUGGGGGCAAAACGUGAACUAGACGAGCUCCGCCAAACCUUUCUGUCGCAACAAUCACAACAGUCGAUCAUCUCCGAAGCUGCAGAUUCCGGCAUGGAAUUCCGGUUCAUUCCAGCAAAAACUCCUAACUUUGGCGGCUUGUGGGAGGCUGCCGUCAAAUCGAUGAGACAGCAUCUCCGAAGGACGAUCGGAUUGAAGAUUUUGACUCCGGAUAAACUGCAAACGGUAUUUGUGCAAAUAGAGUCAUGUUUAAACUCAAGGCCUCUCACUCCGCUGAGCAACGACCCGUCAGAUUUCGAGGCAUUAACACCGGGGCAUUUUUUAAUACAACGGCCGCUGACGGCAGUACCCGAGCCAGCACUGAAGGAGGUUCCAGCAACCCGGCUAUCUCGAUGGCAACAAGCACAAGAGUUUCUACAGCACAUCUGGGCCAAAUGGUCAACGGAAUACUUGUCCAAUCUACAUAACAGAACCAAAUGGACAAGGCAACGAAACAAUUUGUUCGUGGGGACGAUGGUUUUGGUUAAGGAAGAUAACCUUCCCCCCACUCAAGUGGGCACUUGGACGUACAACGCAUAUCACAUCGGGCAGCGACGGAAAUAUCCGUGUUGUUACGUUUUGCAAACAAUACUGUCGGCAUCAUUCGGAUCAUCGGGUCAUCAUACGGCUGUCUUGGUUACUGACGUCAUUAUUGAGGAUCUGGAGAAAAUUGGUAGCAGCUUUACGAGUUUUUUGGAGAGUUCCUGA